AUACACUGAAUAUGAAUGAGACCAGUGACACACUGGCUGUGAAUGAGACUAGUGAUGAAGAGAUGGGGCUCGUCCCCGAAGAGGUCGAAGCAUCGUCGGCAUCGACCUGGCGAGGUCUUGAAAGCCCCGGCAUCUUUAUCCUCACGUAUCCCCCACGGAUCUUGGAAGGCCCCGAGGACCAGACGGUGCUGGACGGCGAGAUAGCCGUGUUUCGAUGCAGGGCGGACGGGAACCCCAAGCCCCAGGUGACAUGGAGACGGGGCAGUCACCGCCUGACGUCGGGGCACCCGGGGAGGUACGUCAUCACCGCCCUCCCCGACGGUGGCAGCAUCCUUCGCGUGGACCCUGUCCGGCAAAAUAAGGACGAGUCGGACUACGAAUGCGUGGCGGAGAAUGGCGUGGCUGAUCCCGUCGUCGCCGAUGCCACCCUCACCGUCUUCACAGGUCAGCCUCAGUUCAUUCCCUGU